UCCAUUUUUUUCUUUUCAUUUGAUACAAUGAUGAUAUUCAAGAAAUCAAAAAGAAAUCUUAAUGAAAGAAUCUACUGUCGUACGUGUAGAAAUCCAGUUGCACGCAUCCAAGAUUAUAUUCGGAGGGUUCGUCAAGGAGUGAUCAUAAUUAGAAGAGUGUAUAAUGUUCACGUACCAGACGAUGUGGAACAUGAGUUUGGAUUUACCACAGCUGAUACUUACUGUGGCCAAUGUGGAACGUUGAUCGGGUGGAAAUUUAUUGCAGUCCCACUAGGGUCCGUAGAUGUUAGAGAAGGAAGAUUCAUGUUGAUAUCGAGAGAGGUUACUUUAUGGGAUGGUGUACCAUUGCUUCAUUUAAAUGAAGAACAAGGCUUAGGCGCUAAUGAGCAAAAUGCAAAUCAAGAUUUAGGUGCUAAUGAGGCUAAUGCUGAUGGAGGCGGAAAUGAACAGAAUGAUAAUCAAGAUGGAGGCGGAAAUGAACAAAAUGCUGGUCAAGAUGGAGACGCUAAUGAACAAGAUGUGGGCGCUAAUGCUGCAGUUCAAGAUGGAGGCGGAAAUGAACAGAAUGAUGAUCAAGAUGGCGGGGAUUCAAUGAACUGAAUGAAGAUCGAUGUAAAGCAGCUAAUGAUGAGAAUGCAGACAUUGAUAGCCUACUCAUGCUGACAUACUGCUUACACAAAGUGCUAUAAUUCGUAAUUGUCAUGUGAUAUUCUGUUUCCAUUUCUGUUUUGAGAUUGGGUUGGAUUAAACCAAUUGACACUCAACUUUUUACA